AUGACUCAGAAUUAUUAUAGGCCCCAAGGAAAUUUUAAUCAACCUCAGAUGCCACCCCAACAAGUAGAAGAGAGUACGAAUGACUUGUUGAAGAAGUUGUUGCUUGACAAUCAACAACUCAGGACUGAUUUCAAAAAUCUUGAGAGACAAAUGGGGCAGUUAGCGUCAAAUCAAAAUACUAGGCCUGCAGGCGUUCCCCAUGAUACAGAGAAGAACCCUCAAGUUAAAGCAGUCACACUCAGAAACGGGAGGGAAUUAGAAGAAGCUCCAAAGAAGAGAAGGGAUAAGCCUAUACCUGAGGGGGAGUUGAUUCCUAAGGCAACAAACGAGUCAAAGAAAGAUGAUGCAAGUUCAGAGCCAGUGAAUGUUGCAAGGCCAACACCACAUUUCCCCCAAAGAUUACAGAAGAAGAAUGAUGAUCACAUGUUCAAUAAAUUUCUCUCUAUGUUGAGCCAGGUUCAAUUGAAUAUUCCAUUGGUGGAUGUAUUUCACGAAAUUCCAAAAUAUGCUAAGUACAUCAAAGAUAUAGUGGCUCACAAGAGGAAAUUGAUUGAAUUCGAGACAGUUGCACUUAUUGAGGAGUGCACUUCGAGGGUCCAAAACAAACUCCCUUAA